AUGUAACCCUGACAGGAUUUGCUGAUGGAUAAGGAAUGGGAGAAAGGAGUAAAGGGUAACUCCAGAGUUUUAUGAAAUAGUAUCUAUAAAUUGUAUUUGAAGUCCUUUCAUGAAUACAUCAGGAUAGAAUGUUUGUACCUUAUAACCCACUCCCUCUAUCCAGUUUUCUCUGUCCCAGAAAUACACUAAAAGUCCCACUAUUAAAGAUUAUUUAUUUAUUUAUUUAUUUGAAAGAGAGAGAAUGAGAGAGAGAGAGAGAGCACAUGAGAGGGGGGAGGGUCAGAGGGAGAAGCAGACUCCCCGCCGAGCAGGGAGCCCGAUGCGGGACUCGAUCCCGGGACUCCAGGAUCAUGACCUGAGCCGAAGGCAGUCGCUUAACCAACUGAGCCACCCAGGCGCCCCAAGUCCCACUAUUAAAUGUACUAGAAAUCCAAAUGUGACUGCAUUUUUUGUGAGAUUGUAGAUGUACCACGGAAGUUACAAUUAAUUUAAGAAGAAUGGGAGAAAGCCAACUAGAAGCCUCAAAUCUUCCAUCAAAAGUCUGGCAUUCUGAGGUGACAGUGUCAGUGACAGGCGAGCCACCCAGUGCUGUAGAAGAAGAAAAAGAAACAGCUGAAGAAACAGACAAGGAAGUCAUCCCGGAAAUCAUAGAGCCACUCUCCAUUCUAGAUGUGCUGAGGAUCUCCGCGGUUCUGGAAGAUACCACAGACCAGCUCUCUAUUCUAAACUAUAUCAUGCCAGUUCAGUAUGGAAGAAGCCAAAGUAUCAGCAUGAAGAAAAACAAGAGCUUAGAAAAACUUCCAGAGGCCUCAAGAACCUCAAAAAUACCCAGUCCAUUCUUACCUAAAGAAGAAACCAAGUUGCCAGGAGUCCAAAAAGGAAGCCAAUUUACCAAUGAGUUUAACAAAAUGCAAGAUUUUGUCUUCAAAAAACCUGCAAGACAGACCAUAAUGUCCACGGACAUAAUGAAGAAAAUCCAGAUUGAUAGGCAAUUUUUCAGUGAUAUAAUUACAGAUACCAUGCAGGAGUUGGAAGAGUCAGGCACUUUCACCAGUCUCCUAAAAGCCCUGGGAAAAGAGAGGGAAAACAAAAUGCAUUUUUAUGAUAUCAUUGCCAGGGAGGAAAAAGGGAAAAAACAGAUAAGAUCUCUUCAAAAACAGCUGCUUAAUGUCAAAAGAGAACAGCAAGCUGAAGUACAGAGUCGGAAUGAAUAUAUUGCUCACCUCAAGGACCAGUUGCAAGAGAUGAAGGCAAAAACCAACAUGGAAAAUCACUAUAUGAAGAAAAACACUGAGCUGCAGAUCUCCCAGACCCAGAAGAAAUGUAACAGAACUGAGGAGCUCUUGCUGGAAGAGAUAGAGAAGCUGAGGCUGAAAACCGAAGAAGAGAACAGGAUUCAUAUGGAGAUUGAAAUGUUCCUUAGAAAGGAGCAGCAGAAACUUGAGGAAAAGCUGGAGUUCUGGAUGGAGAAAUUUGAUAAGGACACAGAAAUGAAACAGAAUGAACUAAAUGCUCUCAAAGCUGCUAAGGCCAGUGACUUAGCACACCUUCAAGAACUCGCAAAGACGAUAAGGGAGUAUGAACAGGUCAUCACUGAAGAUCGGUUAGAAAAGGAGAAGACCAGGAAGAAGACAGAACAGGAUGACUUGGAAUUAAAGAGCGUCAUAAAGCUCCAGGCCUGGUGGCGAGGCACUAUGAUACGGAGGGAAAUUGGUGGUUUCAGACUGCCUAAGAAGGACAAAGAUGAUGGCAAGGAUUCUAAAGGUAAAGGCAAAGACAAGGACAAGCGGAAAGGCAAGAAAAAGUGAUGGAGUUCUCGUCUUUUCCCCUGGUCUUCUGGAGACGGGGAGGAGGACUUGAAGGGAGGAAGAAACUUUAGCAGCACAGAUAACUUUAUCUGCAGGUUGUUUCUUAUGUGGACAUUCCCAGGUGCUGCCCGGUUCCUUCCCUUUGCCUGUUGCAUUAGUUUUCAAGCCCUGAAUUAGGAGUAUACCAUCGACUUAGGGCUGCUUCAUAUUUUGAAAAACUUUUGCUGGGAAGAAGUAUUGCUAGGAGCCUUGCAAAGAUUUCUCUUGCUUUUUCUUACCAGAAAAAAGUUCAUGGGCUUAUUAGUUAUUGUGAUGCAUUAAAACUAAGUAAUUUC